AUGGCCGAGGCCCUGGUCGCGUCGCAGCUGGGCUGCUUCUUUCGUCGAGACUGGGCGACCACGGGCGUGUGGGGUAUCCUCCCCUGGAUGGCCCCACAGAACACACAAUGCCCGCUACGCCAAGCACUCCGAACCAAGUUUGGCGCUCUGACUGCCGAGGAGCAGGCCCAGAGGCAGAGGCAGCAGCGCCGUGCGGCUUUGAGCCUGAUGUCCCCACAGCAGAGGGUCGCUGUCCGCCAGCGCACUUGCUCAUACUGGCUCAGCCUGUCUGAGGCCGAGAAGGCCGCCUAUUAUGCCCGCAAAAAGAUACGUUUAGCAAACGAGUCGCCCGAAACCCGCGCCCGCCGCCUCGCUCGCCGUCGCCUACGCGAGGGCAUUCCGGAGGACGAGACUGCCGAGGCCCGCUCGAAACUCCAUGAGAACCAGAAUGCCCGUAUGGCCAGGUUCCGUAGCAAGGAGAAGCGUAUUCUUGAUGGCUAUGAAGGCACCGAGGCCGAACGUCAAGCCAUUAUCGACAAGAAGGCCGCCGCCGACGCCCGCGCCGAGAAGAAACGCGCCACCGAGACUACGGAUGACAAGCAGGCGCGCCAGGACAAUACACGUCUUAAGAACGAGCGUUUCAAGGCCACCCCUGCGUACAGGAUCUCGGAGGACAAGCGCCAAGAAAAGCGCAGGGCGGCCCGUGCCGAAUCCAAGAAGGCUCGCCAGGCGCAGAGCGAGGCUACAAAGGACGCGCGUGCCGCAGUCAACCGCGCCAAUGAUGCCGCCCGUAAGUGGGAGGCCCGCCGCGUCGCGCGUGUAGCGCGUGAGGCUGCGCCGGCGGCUGCGGCUGCCACCGCAAAGGCGAACUUCUUCAAGCCACGUACCAAGCCGCCCCUCGCUCGCCGUCGCAUUCGUGAAGGCAUCCCCGAGAACGAGAGCCCCGAGGCCCGCGCCAAGCGCGGCAACGCGUAUCCUCGCCGGCGAGGAGGGUACAGAUGCGGGCCACCAAACCAUCCUCAACAAGAAGGCCGCCUCCGAUUCCCGGGGCCUCCAGAAGCUCAAAAGAACUCGUCUUCGCAUGGAACCAACUCCACAAUUCUGGAAUGGCAGAGGCGCGCCACAUGGUACAAGAUACUCCCGAACAACGUCGCCGGUGCUACGCUCCCAACCAGUCGCCUUGGUUUCCUGGAGCAUGAACUUGGCAGCACUAUUCCUACUGUCUAA